UUUUGGAGUUUGUCUGGGUUAAAUAUGUCUAAUCUGGAUGACGAUGAUCAGUAUCAGGGAGGUUAUGACGUCGGGUCAUUCCCUCAAGAUUUUGGCUACACACCGUUUGUUGACGGUGAUGAGACCACGGAAGAUUCCGCUACUAAUUUAUUGAGUGGAAAAUCGUCAAUUCAAAAAGUUGUCUUUCACAAAAUGUCACCAAACGAGACACUAUUUCUCGAGAGUACAAACAAAAUAAUAAAAGACGACAUAAGCAACUCUAGCUUUGUACAAUUUCAAAUAUGGGAUUUUCCAGGUCAAAUAGACUUUUUUGACCCGACUUUCGACAGCGAUAUGAUUUUCGGGGGCUGUGGAGCUCUCGUAUUCGUAAUCGAUGCCCAAGAUGAUUACAUGGAAGCGUUAAAUAAACUUCAUUUGACUGUGACGAAAGCUUACAAAGUCAAUCAGGCUAUAAAAUUUGAAGUUUUUAUUCACAAGGUCGAUGGGCUGUCGGACGACUACAAAAUGGAAACACAAAGAGACAUUCAUACUCGAGCUAACGAUGAUUUAUUAGACUCUAAUUACGAUCAAAUUCAUUUGAGCUUUCAUUUGACCUCCAUUUACGAUCACAGUAUUUUUGAAGCCUUCAGUAAAGUUGUGCAGAAGCUUAUUCCUCAACUACCAACACUCGAGAAUCUUUUAAAUAUUUUAAUAUCGAACUCAGGAAUAGAAAAGGCUUUUUUGUUCGACGUCGUUUCAAAAAUUUACAUCGCUACAGACAGUUCUCCAGUAGACAUGCAAAGUUAUGAACUCUGUUGUGAUAUGAUAGAUGUUGUUAUUGAUGUGUCUUGUAUAUACGGUCUUAGGGAAGAUUUAGACGCAGCGGCCUUCGACAAUCAAAGCUCAAGUUUGAUAAAACUUAACAAUGGAACAAUACUCUAUUUACGUGAAGUCAAUAAAUUCCUUGCACUAGUUUGCAUUCUCCGAGAGGACAAUUUUGACAGACAAGGAGUGAUAGAUUACAACUUUCUGUGCUUUAGAAAAGCUAUUCAACAAGUGUUUGAAUUACGCAAUAAAACGUCAAAUACUAAUGACCACUCACCAUCCUCGCCAUCAUCAGUACCACCAGCACCACCACUACCUCCUGUAGAAUCUCCCUCGCUGUCACCUACUAGUAAUAAUGAACCCGUGGUCGGGAAUACCACCACGACACCACCAAUCAGUGCUUUAUCGCUGGCAUCUAACACAAAUGCUGGAGCAGCUUCCAUCAAUCAGCCUGCGGUGGGAAAUCUUAACCAGAACGGAUCUAUUGCCAUCGCACAAAAUUAG